AUGGUCAAGUACGAUCUCAUGGCCCGAACCGUGCUGGAACCACUGUCCACCUUCGAUAUCUCGGCCCAUUCUCGCACUUCAAUUCGCUCCAUCGCCGUCUCCUCCGGCCACGAUUCCCCAACUCUAAUCUACAUCGGUACGUACUCCGGAUCCUUACUCCUGCUCGCCACCAAUUCCGUCUCCGCGUCUAACCGUGCUGCGACUCCCGACGACCGCGACGAUGAUUCCAAGAGGAAAAUUUCCUUUAUGCGGAGUGUUUCAGUUGGGGAUUCUCCUGUGGAAACAGUGCUGGUCCUUGGCGAGAUGGGGAAACUUCUAGUUCUCUGCGACGGUUCCUUGUUUUUGACCGAUUCGCUAUUGGAUCAGCAGCUCAAGAAAUUGAGUUUGGUUAAGGGAGUUUCUGCAAUUGCGAAGAGAAUCAUCAGUGACGAGUCGUGUAGCUCUGACAUAUUGAGUAUCUUGGCUACUACGACCAAUUCGGAAUCUUCGAGUGCGAGUCUGCGCAUUUUGCAGAAAUUGGGCGGCGGGGUUAGAGCUAACGGAGUGAAAACCAGAGACUCCACCCAACAAGUUGAAGGCAACUGUAACGUUUUUGCAGUUGCGGUUGGUAAAAAGAUCGUAUUGGUAGAGCUUGUAUUUGGCAGCGAUUCCAGAACAGUGAAACAUGAAGGUGGUGCUAGCGGUUUGAAUGGUUCUUUUGUGAUGCUGAAAGAGAUCCAGAGUAGUGUUGAAGGGGUUAAAACGAUUGCAUGGCUCAAUGACUCGAUAAUUUUCGGUACAAUGAUGGGGUAUAGCUUAUUUUCCUGUGUCACUGGGCAAAGUGAGGUUAUCUUCAGCUUGCCCGAUUCUUCUAGAUCGCCAUUGCUAAAAGUGUUGUGGAAAGAGAAGAAGGUCUUGUUGUUGGUUGACAAUGUUGGAGUUGUUGUUAAUGAUCAUGGGCAGCCAGUUGAUGGGAGCUUGGUUUUCCGUGGUCAUCCUCAAUCAGUUGGAGAGUUGUCUUCUUAUGUUGUUAUUGUGAGGGAUGGAAAGUUGGAAUUGUAUCAUAAGAAAUCAGGUAGUUGUGUUCAGACGGUUGUAUAUGGAGGGGAAGGAGUUGGGCCUUGUCUAAUAGCGGGCGAGGAAGGUGGGGACAGUAAACUGAUUACCAUAGCAACGUCUACUAAGGUUAUCUGUUAUCAUAAGGUGCCUUAUGAAGAACAAAUUAAAGAUCUACUGAGAAAGAAAAACUUCAAAGAAGCAAUGGCUUUAGUAGAGGAGCUCAAAUGUGAAGGCGAAUUGAGAAACGAUAUGCUGUCCUUCGUACAUGCUCAAGUGGGGUUCCUCUUGCUUUUUGACCUGCAUUUUAAGGAGGCAGUUGACCACUUUUUGCAAUCAGAAACAAUGCAGCCAUCUGAGCUUUUCCCAUUUAUCUUGCGAGACCCGAACCGUUGGUCUUUGCUGGUUCCUAGAAACAGAUACUGGGGUUUACAUCCUCCUCCUGCACCACUUGAGGAUGUUGUAGAUGAUGGCUUGACUGCUAUCCAACGGGCUGUUUUUCUAAAAAAGGCUGGCGUAGAUACUGUUGUGGAUGAAAAUUUUCUCCUGAAUCCACCAAACAGAGCUGAAGUUCUUGAAUUGGCAAUCAAAAGCAUCAUCAGAUACUUGGAGAUAUCUCGUGUAAAAGAGUUGCCUCUGCUGGUGAGGGAGGGUGUGGACACGCUACUGAUGUAUCUCUACAGAGCCCUUAACAAUGUUGAUGAUAUGGAAGCACUUGCUUCUUCUGAGAACAACUGCAUUGUGGAGGAAUUGGAAACUCUGUUAGAUGAAUCUGGGCACCUACGGACGCUAGCCUUUUUGUAUGCAAGUAAAGGGAUGAGCUCAAAGGCUCUUUCAAUAUGGCGCAUUUUGGACAGAAACUAUUCAUCCGGUCUGUGGAAAGAUCCUGCUGAGGACAAUGACGUACAAAGUAGUGCAACAAAUAUUCUUUCUGGUAGAGAGACUGCUGCUACUGAGGCGUCAAAAAUCCUUGAGGAAUCAUCUGAUCAAGUUUUGGUUUUGCAACAUCUUGGAUGGAUUUCAGAUGUUAAUCCAAUACUUGCAGUUCAAGUUUUGACAUCUGAGAAAAGAGCAGAUCAGCUUUCACCUGAUGAAGUAAUUGCAGCCAUUGGUCCGAAAAAGGUUGAAAUACUCCAAAGGUACCUCCAGUGGUUGAUUGAAGAUCAAGACUCAAUGGACACAAACAUUCACACAUUGUAUGCCCUUUCACUUGCAAAGUCAGCAACUGAAACCAUUGAACUGGAAAGUUCCUUCCAGGACUCUGACGAUGGAAGAAUAGAGGUGACUAGAUUUGCCAACUCUGAGAGGAGCACAAUCUUUCAGAGUCCUGUGCGUGAAAGGUUGCAGAUAUUCUUACAGUCGUCAGAUUUAUAUGAUCCAGACGAAGUCCUUGUGUUAAUAGAAGGAUCAGAAUUGUGGCUGGAAAAGGCUAUCUUGUACCGGAAACUAGGGCAAGAGUCGUUGGUGCUACAGAUUCUGGCCUUGAAGCUUGAGGACAGUGAAGCUGCUGAGCAUUAUUGUGCAGAAAUUGGAAGACCAGAUGCCUAUAUGCAGUUACUUGACAUGUAUUUGGAUCCACAAAACGGAAAAGAGCCUAUGUUCAAUGCUGCAGUCCGCCUCUUGCACAAUCAUGGAGAGUCAUUAGAUCCUUUACAAGUGUUGGAGGCAUUAUCUGCUGAUAUGCCCCUCCAGCUAGCCUCGGACACAAUAUUGAGAAUGUUGAGGGCUCGAGUUCAUCAUCAUCAUCAAGGAAAAAUUGUACAUAAUCUAUCGAGAGCUGUUUAUGUCGAUGCAAGACUUGCAAGAUGGGAGGAAAGAUCUCGGAAUUUGCAGAUCAGUGAUGAGAGCCUCUGUGACUCUUGUCAUGCCCGCCUUGGAACUAAGCUCUUUGCAAUGUAUCCUGAUGACACUGUUGUCUGUUACAAGUGUUACCGACGCCAAGGAGAGUCAACUUCAGUUUCAGGACGUGACUUUAAGCAAGAUAUUCUCUUCAAACCUGGGUGGCUGGUAAUUCACUAG